UUGAUUUUACAAUCACGCAUGCUGCACACUUGGAUACGGGGGUCGCAGUAAGUUUUAAUAUGAACAUACUUGUGCAGUCGGCAGUUGUGUUCGUCGUUUUCAUAGAAGUUGUAAAAUGCGGACGGUACGUCACUUUAAAAGACCAGGCAGAUCCAAGAGAUGCCGACAGCGACGAAGAACGGCAUGUAUUUAAACCCACAGAUGAACAACCGGCGAUGGAAAUCACCCGAGUGUUGGAUAUCGGAGACAACCACAAAGCGUGGGUUAUUGACAACGCAAUAAGAUAUGAGGACUAUGCCCUAUUACCUGAGCUGGUCAAAUCUCACGACUCGGAUUUUGUAUUUGCACAUCAGAACUAUUCAAAAGAAAAUAAAGACUGGAAUUUUGGAAGUGCCCCUUGGGUUUCUGAAUUUUCAAAAGAUGUAAUGGAAAAAACUGUGGUUUGGAACAACAUUAAACCCAUGGUGGAACAAUCACUUGAAAAAAAGGUGAAAAUCAGUUAUGUUGAGGUUAACUUACUGAGAGCAUUGGAUGCAAUACCUCCACAGCAGAGUAAAUUUUGUGGGAAGAAUCGCUUUGUCCUUACAUUUUUCCUGACAGACAUUUUCAAACUGAACAGCUAUGGACAACUUUCCUUCUACGCCAUGAGUAGGAAUCCAAACAUGAGCAAUGAAUCUCGACUUGAAGUCACUGAAACUGUUCAUCCUCAUGGUUUUCGAGCCACCUUGUGGCCAGCAUGUCACACAGUUUUGUUCCGAGCACCGAGCGUUAACUUUUUCCAACAUUUGAUGCUGUUGCAUGUUGUCAUGACAACUGAUAUGGAAAGUAAUGAAGAAAUUAUUACACCUGCAUCAAUUGCAAUGCCAAGAUCUGAGUUUCUCGAGCAGUUUGGAAGUUUCAAAUUCACAAACGAAGAUGCUGGACGUAAAAUAAAUUACGAGCAAUGUUUGCAUAGGUCUUUUUAUGACGGAAUGGAGACUAGACCCAUUCAUAUAUUUGAUGAUUUGUUUACUGUUGAUGAGCUAAAAGCUUGGAGAUCUCAUAUUUGGAAAUACAAUGCCGUGGUAAAUGGUUUUGAUUCUGAGCCUUCAGAAGGUCAUGACAAUGUGCAGUGGAUGGCUGCAAUGGAUGUGGAUAGAUUUAUUUCAACUGGUAUGUGGCCACGUUUGCAAGGGGUUUUAAAAUUUAUCUCCAACAAAACGGAUUGGUAUCCAUAUGAUGUUGCACUUAAUUAUGUAAGAACUGCUGAUCAUACUCGUAUACAUCCGGAUGCAGAACUUCACCAAGAUGAGUUUACGCUUCUGCUAUACCUCAGUGAGGGUUUGACUCCGAAUGAAUAUGGAGAGACAACGUGGGUUGUGAUGAAGAAAGAUGAUGGUGUGCUUGGUUAUAUUGGACGAGGUGGUGAAGUUUACGAAUCAAUAGCUGCUGUUGCUCCAAAAUUUGGUCGACUUGUUGUGUUUAAAAAUAACAUAGAACAUGCUGCCCAUCCACCAAGUAUAAAUUUCCUUGGUGGUCGAUACUCAUUUGCAGUAAAAGUUGGACUUAAUAAGAGACUUGCAUUCAUUAAAAGAGUGUAUGAGAGAAUGGAGGGAGUUGAGAUGAAUGAACAUAUGAAGAGACUCAACACGCAAUUGAUGGCGGGGAUGCAAGAUGAUCCAACAGUAUCAAAGAUAACGACCGACCAGCUGGUGCAAUUGUUCCAAAAAGUGACAGCCAAGAGAGAUAAACAGGCUGCAGAAGCACAUCAACAAGUUUUUGAGAACGCUGUUCGGAGUUUGUAGUUUACAUAUUAUUGAUAGUGCAAAGAGUGGUCACAGAAAUAAUGAAGACCAUGUUGUGUUUUAAUAAGCGUUUAGUUGUUUAUGCCACAAGAGAUUAUAAUGUUGCUGUAUUGAGAUAUCCUUUUUGUAAUAUUAACAGCUGUCAUUGACAAAUUUCACUGUCCUAAUGAAUGUUUUCUGAAAUGCCAAUAAAUUUGUUCGACCAUGAA